UUACGGUGGUAGUACUGGUAAUACGUGCAGGUACGAGCAUUAGGAGAGGUUAAGUUUUGUUAUAAGAUAGUAACGAGUAUCAAGAAUAUACGUACGAAUGAAAUAAAAAAUUGUGGUAUAACUGAAAUUAAAAUCUGUAAUAACAAUGGAUCCGGCUUUACUCAGAGAGCGAGAGCUCUUCAAGAAACGUGCCCUGACCACACCAAUAGUUGACAAAAGGAAGCAGGAGAAGGAAACUACGAAAGAUGAACCACCGAAGAAGAAACCUAAGCCAUCAUCGGUAUCUACCGGACCGAAAUUGGACAUGGUCAACUAUAAAACCAUGGCCGGUAGCACGCAAUACAAAUUUGGCGUGUUAGCAAAGAUAGUAAAACACAUGAAAGCAAGGCAUCAGGAAGGAGAUGAUCAUCCGUUAACAUUAGAAGAAAUUUUAGAUGAAACAAAUCAAUUAGAUGUUGGAUCAAAGGUCAAGCAAUGGCUACAGACUGAAGCUUUAAUACAAAAUCCUAAGAUUGAAGUAACAGAUGGUAGAUUUGUCUUUAAACCUAUGUAUAAAAUUAAAGAUAAAAAAUCUUUACUGAGACUUCUAAAACAACACGAUUUAAAAGGUCUCGGUGGUAUAUUAUUGGAAGAUAUACAGGAGAGUUUACCGCAUUGUGAUAAACAUUUAAAGAAUUUACAAAACGAAAUACUGUAUAUUACACGACCUCUUGAUAAGAAAAAAAUUAUCUUUUACAAUGAUAAGACAGCCCAAUUCCCCAUUGACGAAGAAUUCCAAAAAUUAUGGCGAGCUGUUGCAGUAGAUGCUAUGGAUGAUCAAAAAAUAGAUGAAUAUCUUGAGAAACAAGGAAUUAGAUCAAUGCAAGAUCAUGGAUUAAAAAAGCCAGCACCAAUCAAACGAAAGAAACCUGUUAAUAGAAGGAAACAAUUUAAGAAACCAAGAGAUAAUGAACAUUUAGCAGAUGUUUUGGAGACAUACGAUGAUUAAAUAAGAAUGUUAUGAUUAUCCUGCCGUACCAAAGAAACCUAAGGGAGGACGUGAGGGUCUUUUUCCUGUAAUGUAACCGCAAGCUGCCGCCGCGCACUACUGCCCUCUGAAGAAGUGGAUGUAAACUACAUAACAUCCAUUUUUUUGCGGUGCUCCUGAUGGAAAUAAAUCGCUGAAAUAACUAAAAUCUAUCAAAUUAAUAUU